GUUUUGGGCGAGAAGGGGGUGAACGCGUCCAGAACAGCAACACAUCGGUCUGCGUAUGGCCAAACAAGCCACGGCGCAGUGAGACAUCAAAACAAAGAGAAAGAUUGAUUUUAUGCGAUACAAGUAGAAGCGACCAAGCAGGCAGCGCAAAAACGGGAGAGGCGACGCAUGGCUCUCCUCGUGAACAUUGAGGCUUCAGGGGAAGACGGUAUGUUUACAUGAGGGGUCGUGUCUCGAGACGCAGAGGUGAUCGUUGAAAGAAUCGCAGUUUAAUAGAUAAGACAUUGCCGAAGAUGCUGAAGAGACUGGCCGCACCGGCGUCAUGCAGCAGCUGUCUCCUUGCCUUCUUCCUCGCCUUCGUAUCUCCCAGGUGUACGCUGUCUAUCGGUGCCGACAAAAAUAUGGUCAACAAGGAGGAUUAUUAUAGCGCCACGGUGAACGCCACCGUUUUGGACCAUAAAGGCAAUCCUCAACAGAUGGUAACAAAGAAUGAUGGGCGUUACGGGCAGAAUUCACCCAAAACAGAGGCGAAGGGGAUUGUGAUAGCACCUGCUGCUGUUAAUGGGGCUGUCGAUCUGCAAGGAUGCUGUCCAUACACACGGUUUGUAGUGCCUCCGAAAACCACACACUGGGUGGCCAUAAUGCAAAGAGGAAAGUGCACCUUCAAGGAGAAGAUCCUGAAGGCGGCCGCAUUCAACGCCUCAGCAGUCAUUAUCUACAAUAAUGGCUCCAAAGAGGACACGGUCACCAUGGCUCAUGAAGGCACCGGGGACAUUGUGGCGGUGAUGAUCACUGAGUCUUUUGGAAAGGAGAUUCUGGUCUUCCUGGAGAAGAACCAGACAGUGCUGGUGUCAGUGAUGGUGGGGUCACGAGGGCCUGUCAAGAACAUCAAUCGCGGAUCCUUGGUGUUUGUCUCCAUCUCCUUCAUCGUACUGAUGAUUAUCUCCUCCGCUUGGCUCAUCUUUUACUUCAUCCAGAAGAUCAGAGACACCAGUGCUCGAGACCGCAGUCAGCGAAGGCUGGGAGAUGCUGCCAAAAAGGCCAUUAGCAAGCUGACUACCAGGACAGUAAAAAGAGGGGACAAGGAAACGGAACCCGAUUUUAAUCAUUGUGCAGUAUGUAUUGAAGGUUACCAGCUAAAUGAUGUGGUCCGCAUCUUGCCUUGCAAGCACGUCUUCCAUAAAAUGUGUGUGGAUCCAUGGCUAAAUGAGCACUGCACCUGCCCUAUGUGUAAACUCAACAUACUUAAAGCACUGGGAGUUAUGCCGAACCUGCCUUGUGUGGACAAUAUGGGUUUUGACAUGGAGCGGAUGUCCCGCAGCCAGACGUCCAGCCAGAGAACGGCACUGAUGGACCUGUCUUCUGAGACCAGCAUCAGUCUGGAGCCUCUGCGGCACUCCAGUUCAUCCCAGCACCCCUCCGACGAUGAGCUCAUCCCUCGAACCGGAGAGAUUAACAUCGCUGUUACCACGGGGGGUAAACUUUUCUGCAUCACUCCACCUGUUGUUCAGGGACAUCUGUGUGCUGUGACUCAUGCGCUCUGUCCUACUGCCGCUGAGACUCACUGAUGUGAUCAGGUGUCUGUCCUAAACGCACUGUGUUCUGCCCCUUACUGUCUAAUGUUCUAGAUUCCACAAAUUACAAGUGUGUGUGGUAAGAGUAAACCUUACUGUAUGUUAUUGGGACCAAAUAAAUAGUAACCACAAAGAUAGAAAUAACAGGCAUUUUUACCCUUGAGGAAACAGUUAAAUGACAAAAAAAGUAAUUGAUGUUUAUUAUGUAAAAAUUCAGAUUUUUUUAUGUAACACUCUGUCUACACUGGACUCGAUUGUCGCGCUGCAUUCAGUGUGGACAAAAUUAACAUUAUAAUGGGUUCUAAUGCGUUUUAUUGUCUUUGGUUGCGUCGCAUCGCACGGCGUCCGGUGUAGACACAGUUUAAGGGAAUGGUUAAAUUCACCAUGGAAUCGAAAUGCAAAUGCUUAUUUUUUACGGAAUUGCACUGUUUAUAAAUAAUAUCUCCAUGCAAGUCAAUAUUUUUUUUCAUCAUUAUUAUUUAAAAAUCAAUUUUCAUGUGCCUUCAUAAUCCUUAAUCAAAAACUGAAAAUUCCCCUCGCCUUCCUAAUGGCAAAAUCUCCUCUGCAUGAUGUAUGUCUUGGCCUGGGGGCUAUAUUUACUGUCCAUUGGUCAGGCAUCCAACUGCCAACAAUCCAGAAAAAUCCUGAAUGAUGAAAUCCUUUUCUCUAUUCCGAAAAAUAAACAUUGCAACAUCUGUUUCAUGUUGACGUUAAGGAUAGAAUAUACACUUAAUGCAGUAUAAAAUCAUCGUUGUUAAGGAAAGUCCUUUAAAACCUGGCAACACAACGUGCAGCAUGCAGUUUGAUCUUAUCUCCCAAAACAUGUUCCCCUGUAACAACAACUGGGGCUGAUAAAACAAAAACACAUGACUAAAAUUUCAUGUGUAGAGGGGAUUUCAAAAUAUCGUAUUCCCAUUCAAAUAACGUUUAGACGAUUUAUAUGAAGUGCAAUUAAAUUGAUCGGAAAUAAACAAAAUUGAAUCUGCGACUUAUGCAAAACAAAAAUACUGUCACGUUUUUAUUCAUACUACUAAUAGAGAUAUUAUGUAUGUACUAUGUUUACUUGAGUGUGUUAUUUAAUAAUUUCCUGUAAUAAUUCAGUCCAUUGCAUUUUUGUUAUGCUUUAUAUUAGCCAUUUGUUUGCAGAUAUAGUUUUUGAUAGCAUCAUACUUGUAUGCACGGUCUCUUCAUAAGUAUGUUAAAAGUGAUAACCUUCUGUUGUGUAUUUAUUAUUUGCCAGACUUAUAUAAUACGAUUAUUCCCAAAAGUUGUAACCCGUCUUCAGGCCCAGAGUUUAUAUUGCAGUGAUUAUGACACCCAUAAAGGUGUAUCUGCCUAAAUAGCUCUGCAAUUUUUUUAUUUGUUUUGAAGGGUCAUUUCUAAAAUUCUGUGAUCGAUUGUUGUCUUAUUUCACCAAUUAUGUUGUAAUUUUCUCAAUUCCUGUACUAAUAUGUAAAGAAGAGAGAAAUGUGAAGUAGUCAGCUGCUACUUUUUCUUGUCCAGUGGUCUUCAGAUGCGAGAUUGAUGCUGCUUUUUAAACAUCUUGCUAAACCAGCACUACAUGUCGUGUGCGCUGACUGUGCUACAUUCGGUUGAGCUUUCUCCUCUUGUUUGCGCUGUCUGGAUCAUUGCUGUCCGGUGGUUUCCUCUCCUGUUAUAUGGAUAAGAGACACGCUCCUGUUUCUUCGCGCCGCCGCCUUCACCUGUCUCCAGUUUCCUCUUCUCUUCGGCUUUCUGUGUCGUGAUCAUACCCUGGCCCCGCCCACUCCAGAAAAUGACCCCUCCCCUUUUACUCUGU